CUCAUUCCACUCACACAAACACAAUCUUCCUUCCAUCCAUCCAGCUUUGUCCUCAUCAAUCAACCUAGCUAGCUUACGAAACGCAUGGCUCGCAUGGCGGUCUCGGUGCUUUCGAUCCUCCUCGCCACUUGCGCCCUGGCGGCGGCGAGCUUCGACAAGGAGUUCGACGUUACCUGGGGUGACGGGCGCGGCAAGAUCCUCAACAAUGGCCAGCUGCUGACGCUGGGCCUGGACAAGGUCUCCGGCUCCGGGUUCCAGUCCAAGCACGAGUACCUCUUCGGCAAGAUCGACAUGCAACUCAAGCUCGUCCCCGGCAACUCCGCCGGCACCGUAACCGCCUACUACCUGUCGUCGCAGGGUCCUACGCACGACGAGAUCGACUUCGAGUUCCUGGGCAACGUCACCGGCGAGCCCUACACGCUGCACACCAACGUGUUCACGCAGGGGCAGGGCCAGCGGGAGCAGCAGUUCCGCCUCUGGUUCGAUCCCACCAACGACUUCCACACCUACUCCAUCCUUUGGAACCCAAAGCACAUCAUCUUCAUGGUGGAUGACAUGCCGAUCAGGGACUUCAAGAACCUGGAGGGAAAGGGGAUCGCCUUCCCCAAGAACCAGCCCAUGCGGCUCUACUCCAGCCUCUGGAACGCCGACGACUGGGCCACGCAGGGCGGCCGGGUGAAGACGGACUGGUCCCACGCGCCGUUCUCCGCCUCCUACCGCGGCUUCAAGGCCGACGCGUGCGUGGUGACCGCGGGCGGGCGGCCUCGCUGCGGCGCCAGCGUCGGCACGGACGUCGCCCCCGGCACCGGCGCGGCCGGCGAAUGGUACAAUCAGGAGCUGGACCUGACACGGCAGCAGCGGAUGCGGUGGGUGCAGAGCAACUACAUGAUCUAUAACUACUGCACCGACCCCAAGCGUUUCGCUCAGGGCGUCCCCGCCGAGUGCUCCAUGUAGUCCCCAUGUCCAUCCUCCAUCGAGCAAGCGCGCACAGCUGCUAGCAUUGCACUGUGCAUAGGGCGAUCACCUGAGCAGGACGACCGGAGCAUAGGGAAGAUGGGGGUGUCUGUAUAAAGUGAACGGAAAUCAAUAAUGAUUAGUGACGGGGAGAUGUGUAAACUAGCCCGUGGUAAAUUCUUGUUUGUCAUUUAUGCCCAGUUCGUGUAAUUGUGCUCACGCCCAGCUCGUGCGUAAUAUAUUGCCUCCUCGUGCGUUAUCACCAGUA